AUGAGCACUAAAAGACUACUUUCUACGGCUGAUUUCUAUGCAAUCCCACCCAUUAUCCGAAACUCCCUUCAAUGGGCCCACAACUCCACCACCCAAUCGAACACACCUUUCUUACCAAAGGGUCCUCCCGUGUCAGCCACAAACCUCAUUAAAUUGUACUCUGGAAGGGGCUUGAUAAAAGAGGCCUGGAUACUGUUCGAUGAAAUGCCUGAGAGACAUGCGGUUGCAUGGACUGCCAUGAUUGCAGGGUACACGUCUUGCAACUACUACAGCCAUGCAUGGGCUAUGUUCUGUGAGAUGGUAAGGAAUGGAGUGGAGCCAAAUGCUUUUACUUUGUCCAGUGCUUUGAAGGGUUGUAAGAGCAUGAAGGCUCUUUCAAAUGGGGCAUUGGUCCAUGGCUUGGCCAUCAAGCAUGGUAUGAAGGAGUCUAUGUAUGUUAAUAAUGCACUUAUGGAUAUGUAUGCAACGUGUUGUGUUAGCAUGGACGAGGCAUGCAUGGUAUUUCAUGAGAUAGAUGCAAAAAAUGCUGUUUCAUGGACUACUUUGAUCACUGGUUACACUCAUAGAGGUGAUGGCUAUGGUGGGCUUCGAGUUUUCAGGCAAAUGUUGCUGAUAAGUAGUUGA